GCCCGCGGUCUCGGCCAGUUCGCAGCCCGGCGAGGCGCCGGCCCACCCAUGGCCCUCGGGCCACGGCCCCUGCGCCCAGCCCUGCGCGCCACCUCCGCCGCCCGCCCGGGGCCGCCGAGCUACCGACACCGGCGAGAUGCUGAACGGCGCAGGCCUGGACAGGGCUCUUAAGAUGUCCCUGCCGCGAAGGUCGAGGAUCGGCUCGUCCGCGGGACCCGUUCGUUCUUCUUCGGGCUACAAGAAGGCAGAGGAUGAGAUGUCCCGGGCCACGUCUGUUGGAGACCAGCUGGACGCACCCGCCCGCACCAUUUACCUCAACCAACCGCAUCUCAACAAAUUCCGUGACAACCACAUCAGUACGGCCAAGUACAGCGUAUUGACAUUUCUACCUCGAUUCUUGUAUGAGCAGAUUAGAAGAGCUGCUAAUGCCUUCUUCCUCUUCAUUGCCUUAUUACAGCAAAUCCCAGACGUAUCUCCAACAGGAAGGUACACCACACUGGUGCCAUUGAUCAUUAUUUUAACAAUCGCAGGCAUCAAAGAGAUCAUAGAAGAUUUUAAGCGGCAUAAGGCAGAUAAUGCGGUUAACAGGAAGAAAACAAUAGUGUUAAGAAAUGGUAUGUGGCAUACCAUCAUGUGGAAAGAGGUGGCAGUGGGAGACAUUGUGAAGGUCGUCAAUGGGCAGUAUCUUCCGGCAGACAUGGUCCUGCUCUCCUCCAGUGAACCUCAGGCAAUGAGCUACGUUGAAACAGCUAAUCUAGAUGGAGAGACAAACCUUAAAAUACGUCAGGGUUUGAGUCACACAGCGGAAAUGCAAACACGAGAAGUAUUGAUGAAGUUAUCUGGAACUAUAGAAUGUGAAGGGCCCAAUCGCCACCUCUAUGACUUCACCGGAAACUUGCACUUGGAUGGAAAAAGCUCUGUUUCCCUUGGGCCUGACCAGAUCUUACUGAGAGGUACACAGCUUAGAAAUACUCAGUGGGUCUUUGGCAUAGUUGUUUAUACUGGACACGACACCAAACUCAUGCAGAAUUCAACCAAAGCACCUCUCAAGAGAUCGAAUGUGGAGAAGGUGACCAAUGUGCAGAUCCUGGUGUUGUUUGGCAUCCUCUUGGUCAUGGCCUUGGUGAGCUCGGUGGGAGCCCUGUACUGGAACAGGUCUCAAGGUGGAAAGAACUGGUACAUCACGAAGCUGAACACAACCUCAGAUAAUUUUGGAUACAACCUGUUGACAUUCAUCAUCUUAUACAACAAUCUUAUUCCCAUCAGUCUGUUGGUGACCCUUGAGGUUGUGAAGUACACUCAAGCCCUUUUCAUAAACUGGGACAUGGAUAUGUAUUAUCUAGGAAAUGACACUCCUGCCAUGGCCAGGACAUCAAACCUUAAUGAAGAGCUUGGGCAGGUAAAAUAUCUCUUUUCUGACAAAACUGGAACUCUCACGUGCAAUAUCAUGAACUUCAAGAAGUGCAGCAUUGCUGGAGUAACCUACGGUCAUUUCCCAGAACUGACAAGAGAGCCAUCCUCAGAUGACUUCUGUCGCAUCCCUCCUCCCCCCAGUGACUCAUGUGACUUUGAUGAUCCCAGGCUGUUAAAGAACAUCGAGGAUCACCAUCCCACAGCCCCUUGCAUACAGGAGUUCCUCACGCUUCUGGCCGUGUGCCACACGGUGGUUCCCGAGAAGGACGGAGACAACAUCAUCUACCAGGCCUCCUCGCCAGAUGAAGCUGCUUUGGUGAAAGGCGCUAAGAAGCUGGGCUUUGUCUUCACAGGCAGAACACCGUACUCAGUCAUCAUAGAAGCGAUGGGACAAGAGCAGACAUUUGGAAUUCUUAAUGUCCUGGAAUUUUCUAGUGACAGAAAAAGAAUGUCUGUAAUUGUUCGAACGCCUUCAGGACAACUUCGUCUCUACUGUAAAGGCGCUGAUAAUGUAAUUUUUGAGAGACUUUCAAAAGACUCAAAAUACAUGGAGGAAACAUUAUGCCACCUGGAAUAUUUUGCCACAGAAGGUCUGAGGACUCUGUGUGUGGCUUAUGCCGAUCUCUCUGAGAAUGAAUACGAGGAGUGGCUGAAAGUCUAUGAGGAAGCCAGCACCAUACUGAAAGACAGAGCUCAGCGGCUAGAAGAGUGUUAUGAGAUCAUUGAAAAGAAUUUGCUGUUACUUGGAGCCACAGCCAUAGAAGAUCGCCUCCAGGCGGGGGUUCCAGAAACCAUAGCAACUCUGUUGAAGGCAGAAAUUAAAAUAUGGGUGUUGACAGGAGACAAACAAGAAACUGCAAUUAAUAUAGGGUAUUCCUGCCGGUUGGUGUCACAGAAUAUGGCCCUUAUCCUACUGAAGGAGGAUUCUUUGGAUGCUACAAGGGCAGCCAUUACUCAGCACUGCACUGACCUUGGAAAUCUGUUGGGCAAGGAAAACGACGUGGCCCUCAUCAUCGAUGGCCACACGCUGAAGUACGCGCUGUCCUUCGAAGUCCGGAGGAGCUUCCUCGACUUGGCGCUCUCCUGUAAAGCAGUCAUCUGCUGCAGAGUGUCUCCUCUGCAGAAGUCUGAGAUAGUGGACGUGGUGAAGAAGCGGGUGAAGGCCAUCACCCUCGCCAUCGGGGACGGCGCCAACGACGUGGGGAUGAUCCAGACAGCCCAUGUGGGUGUGGGAAUCAGUGGGAACGAGGGUAUGCAGGCCACCAACAACUCAGAUUAUGCCAUCGCACAGUUUUCCUACUUGGAGAAGCUUCUUUUGGUCCAUGGAGCCUGGAGCUACAACCGGGUGACCAAGUGCAUACUGUACUGCUUCUACAAGAACGUGGUCCUGUACAUCAUCGAGCUCUGGUUCGCCUUUGUUAAUGGAUUUUCUGGGCAGAUUUUAUUUGAACGCUGGUGCAUCGGCUUGUACAAUGUGAUUUUCACGGCUUUGCCGCCCUUCACUCUGGGAAUCUUCGAGAGGUCCUGCACUCAGGAGAGCAUGCUCAGGUUUCCACAGCUCUACAAAAUCACCCAGAACGCCGAAGGCUUCAACACCAAGGUUUUCUGGGGUCACUGCAUCAACGCCUUGGUCCACUCCCUCAUCCUCUUCUGGUUUCCCAUGAAAGCAUUGGAGCACGAUACUGCGUUGGCCAGUGGUCAUGCUACGGACUAUCUAUUUGUUGGAAAUAUUGUUUACACAUAUGUUGUUGUUACUGUUUGCCUGAAAGCUGGUUUGGAGACUACAGCUUGGACUAAAUUCAGUCACCUGGCUGUUUGGGGAAGCAUGCUGAUCUGGCUGGUGUUUUUUGGCAUCUACUCCACCAUCUGGCCCACCAUUCCCGUUGCUCCUGAUAUGAGAGGACAGGCAACUAUGGUCCUGAGCUCCGCGCACUUCUGGUUAGGCUUAUUUCUGGUUCCUACUGCCUGUUUGAUUGAAGACGUGGCAUGGAGAGCGGCCAAGCACACCUGCAAAAAGACAUUGCUGGAGGAGGUGCAGGAGCUGGAAACCAAGUCCAGAGUCAUGGGGAAGGAGAUGCUUCGGGACAGUAAUGGAAAGAGGCUGAACGAGCGGGAUCGCCUGAUCAAGAGGCUGGGUCGGAAGACACCUCCCACCCUCUUCCGAGGCAGCUCCAUCCAGCAGUCUGUCCCUCAUGGGUAUGCUUUUUCCCAAGAAGAACACGGAGCUGUUACUCAGGAAGAAAUAGUCCGUUCUUAUGACACCACCAAAAAGAAAUCAAAGAAGAAAUAAGACUUGUGUUUUCCUGGCUCAUCCUAGGAAAGAGAUUCAGUUUGUUGCAUCCAGUGUUAACACAUCUUCAUCAGAAGAGACCGGACCGGUGUCAGCAGCCAAACCACUGGAAAACACAUUUCUGUGGCCUUAGCCAAGCAGUUUGUUAGUAACACAUAUCCCUUGCAAACCCGGAGCACGGACCACAAGGAAGCCAUCUUUUCCCUCCCAGUUAGUCUGCAGUGCAUAGCCUAACUUUUGUUUACCUUGUUAUGAAGCAUUCAACUGUGCUCUGUGAGGUGUGAAAUUAAAAACAUUAUGUCCCAC